UGCUUCCAGAUUCCAGACAGUGGCGCCACAAAGAAGCGAAAACGCAGCGCAAAGAAGAGCGCAUCUUCAGCAACCGCAGUCUCACAAGACCGAACGUUUGCGGGAAAUUUGACCGAAUGGAACAAUCAAGAAUCCAAAUAUCGUUGUCGAAGCUUUGAUGCGCGGCGCAUCAUCUAUCCAGGCGCCAAUUAUGAGCCGUGGUGGGACAUGCCGCAGUUGAUUGCUCAGGUCAAGGACGCAAUUCAGAUCUUCAACGCCAAAUUCCCUAAUGGCAUCGCCGUUUUCAUAUUCGACUGCUCUUCCGCACAUGAAGCUUAUGCAUCUGACGCGCUUCUGGCUCACAAGAUGAACCGCGGCCCAGGUGGUAAGCAGCCCGUCAUGCGCUCGACUUACAUCCCUGCCACAGGGCAGCCGCAAUCAAUGGUAUUCCCAGUUGAUUACAAGGGUGUCGAUGCCGCCGGAGUUUUGUUGGCAGGUCGUCCAAAGGGAAUGGAGCAAGUUCUGCUCGAACGCGGUCUUCUCAAGGGACUGCAAACCAAACACGGGAAGAGUCUGACUCGCAUCUGCAAGGACUGCAGUCUCUCGCAGGCGGCGCGCGAGAAAGCUCUUAAGGAAGCGAAGUCGCGGGAGGACGAGAUUGAAGGAUCUGGCAUUCCAGCAUCUCGGGCUGACAUUGAUGUGGACGGAGAUUUGGAGCAACGCACAAACUGCUGCAUGCAACGUGUCCUGUCACUCCAGAAGGAUUUCCUUGAGGAGAAGCCACUGCUGCAGCUAAUCAUUGAACAAGCAGGGCACAAAUGUUUCUUCCUGCCCAAGUUCCACUGUGAACUGAAUCCGAUCGAGAUGUAUUGGAGUCAGCUGAAGCGCUGUAAGCUUCCUUUUGACGCAUCAUGGUUCAUCAUCUACAUAUUCAUUUACUUCACAGACUUCCGCGAGUACGCAGAUGGGACUUUCUCAAAGGCACAGAAGCUUGUCAUCGAAGCCUUGGAUAGAAUAACAACUGGGAACGUCCGCAAGUACUUCCGUCAUUGCAACAGAUAUCUCCAUGCCUAUCGGUGCGUGAAGAAGCCUCACCCGGAAGGCAAUGACACCAACAGUCUCUCAGACUUGGCCUGA